AUGCAGCCUAAGCCACGGAAACAUGGCAAAGAGCGCGCGCAAGACGACCGGAAGGCCGCAGACUCGGCAUCGUCGCAGCGCGAGCUGACGCGGAAGUCGAGUUCGUCGUCGGCGUCGUCGUCGGCGGCCGCCGCCGCCGCGCCAAGCAGCAAACGCCUGCUCUUCGUUGAGGUUCGCGGGCCGCGAGGCAGGCGUCAGCCAGGGCUACGCUACGAUAGGACGGCGAGCGAGCUCAAAAGCCAUGUCAUGCUGGUCGCCAGUAAGGACAAGCGGGAGCGCCAGGCCGGCGAGCGCGAGCUCUUGGCCGUGGGAGGGCUCACCCCUCCUCGUCUUUCCCUGGAAUUGAGCCCCCAGCAGACCGACCCGUUCAACAUGCUGCCCGUCGAGGGCACUCCGGAACAGCAUGCGGCUAUUAGAUAUUAUUUCGAACACUACCCCGGGCCUACUCCGAUGACACAUGUCAUGAAGAAUUUGUCAAGCGACAUGGACUACGAGACCCGCAAGUACUGGGCCCAGGUAUUGCAGAUUGUCAGAGAAGAAAUGCCUAUCGGCAAGACUGGUACAGACAUCUCCGAGUCGUACGUGGCCAUGAUAGCAGGCCUGGGUGUCGCUGAGACUUGGAUGGGAAAUUUCACCAAUGCGAAGCAUCACAAAGACGCCAUGCUGAAACUCGUAGCCGCGCGCGGAGGGUUUUCAACCUUCGGUUCAAUGGCCCAGCGGGCCCUCAAGUGGUGCGAAUUCUACCCAUGCGCAUGCUUGACGCUGCGUCCCACGCUCCCUCAACUACCCGUGCAUCAUCUCCAUCCCGACGUAAUCAAGACGGCAGGAACGGGGCACCGACGCACGAUGGAGCAUCUGCCAGACCAGCUGGAAGAGUCGGAAUUGAACAUGAUCUUUUUCCAACUGCACACCGUUGCAUUAGUUCAGCUGAGUGCCCCGCAGCCGGCUUUUGCCAGCGUGUUGGAUGAUUUGGAGCAUCGGCUCUUAGUCGAGCUGUUCGAGCAAAAGGAGAAGUUUGAGGCUUCGCAGUCUACGGAUCCUACGGAUCUGGUCUACGCCGGCAUGCUGCAGGCGGCCCAGAUGUGCGUCUUUGGCAUGAUGACCUUCACGCGAAAGGAAACGCCCAUGUACGGCGUGUUCGCGGCAACUCUGAGACGCAUCCUGGACGUACCCAAUGUGAUUGACACAUGGAGAAAGGUGGCAUCUGCGCAAAGCCUGCUUUGGGUGUUUUUCAUAGGUUGGUCAACCGGCUCGCGGCUAAAGGGCGACGCUGCAGGCGCAUUAGACAAUGCGAAGUGGUUCAUACGGCAUUUUUCUUCUCUCAUUGAGAUUAUCGAAAUCAGGGAAGUAAAGAGCUUGCGCAGAGUGAUGAGAGAUUUUCCGUGGAACCCGAAGAUUUACAACGACCCGUUGAAUUCCUUGUGGAAUAUCUACCUCCAUAGAGAAGAUCUCGAUAUGACGUAA